AUGGCCGAUAUAUUCGACGAACAAGCGGAACAUUCUUUGCCCCAGUCUUCUGCGUACUCACAUCAGGCUCCGACAAGUCACAAAGUUGCGCCUCCCGCUACCGGUCAGAGCGAUGCAGACGGUCUAUACGUACCCCGUCCGAAACGAAUCGCAUGCGUCGUCUGCAGGCGGCGAAAGCUGCGAUGCGACGGGAAAAAGCCUAGUUGCGGGACCUGUGCAAGGUUGGGACAUGAAUGCGCAUAUGAUGAAGUCCGAAAAAAGAGCGGUCCGAAGCGGGGUUAUGUGAAGCAGCUAGAAGCCAGGUUGGCUCAAGUCGAGACUCUCUUGAAAUCCCAGGAGGCGAGCGUACCCCUAUCCCAAGGAAACGACCUCACUGUCCCAACUUCGAGCGAGUUUACAAGCAUACCUGAACCUCUUUCGAUCUUAAAUGACUCAGGUGCGCCUAUAUCACCUCCUGAAGGAACCGGCAAUCACCCGAUUCCGGGGCAGACGUAUCUACCGUCUCCCAUACGCGAGGAUCGCAACUUCGGAUGGGACAUGAUAAGCUUGGGGCUGGAGGAGCCUCUUCCAGCCCGGGAGGCCAUUGAUGAACUAAGCCAAAUCUACUUCGAGAAGGUCCAUCCCUCACUCCCUAUAUUACACCGUGCUAGACAUAUGGCGGCGAUGGACCUGGCGCCUAGCGCUCGACCUCCUGUUUGCUUACAAUAUAUUACUUGGAGCCAUGCUGCCUCCAUGAGUGACAAGUAUCACAACCUACAUGAACUCUUCUACCAGCGAGCUCGCAAGUACGCUGAAUUGGACGAGAUGAAGGGUCUUGGAGAGGGCAUCCUGUCUUUAUCGAUUUGCCAGACUUGGCUGCUCAUUGGCACUUACGAAUUUAGGAUGAUGUGCUUUCCCCGGGCAUGGGUCAGCGUGGGGAAGGCUUCACGACUGGCGCUUAUGCUUGGUCUGAACCGAUUAGACGGUAUGGGUCUGGGGGUGAAGCAGUCGUUACCGCCAACAAAUGAUUGGACUGAAAAUGAGGAGCGACGGAGAGUGUUUUGGAUGGCGUUCUGUGUUGAUCGGUAUGCCAGCGUCGGAACUGGAUGGCCGGUCCUGAUCGAUGAUCGAGACGUCAUGACGAAUCUACCCGCCAGCGAAGAAGCAUUCAUCAAUGGCCAGCCCCAACAGACUGCGCGAGUGACGGAUAUCGCAUCUGGUGACGAUAUCUCUACGCUGUCUGCUUUUGGAAGCGUUGUAUUUAUGGCGUAUCUGUUUGGCCGGAAUCUCACCCACCUUCAUCGCCCUGACCCGCAAGACAAUGAGCAGGACCUAAACGGGUUGUUCUGGCAACGACAUAGGUCUCACGAUAACAUUUUACUACAUUUUGCAUUGACAAUGCCGAACCAUCUUCGGCUCCCUGCAGGUGUACGCGACCCCAAUGUGAUAUUCUGCAACAUGGCUAUCCAUACUUCGACCAUAUGCCUUCACCAAGCGGCCAUCUUCAAGGCGGAGAAGAACAAAAUCUCGGAGCAGAUCACCACCGAAAGCAAACGGAGGUGUAUUGUCGCUGCAGACCAGAUCACAAACAUUAUGAAAAUGAUCAGCCACAUCGACUUAACGAUUAUGAACCCGUUCAUGGCAUUCUGUGUCUAUAUCGCUGCGCGAGUCUUUGUACAGUAUCUCAAGUCUCGCCCGGACGACUCUGCCGCUCGAUCGUCUCUACAGUUCCUCUUCUCCGCCCUUGGUGCCCUGAAGAAAAAGAACCCUCUGACCGAGUCGUUCCUAGUCCAACUGGAUGUUGACAUGGAGGGCACGUCAGUCGACGACAUCCGGCCUCGGCCAUCUAAAAAAGUGCGCACCACACAGGGCCAUACGACUGCGAUGGGGGAAGAGCCCGACACCCAACCACUCACGGCCUUCUGUCCAUCUCGACGAAUAACUUACGCAUACGAAGAGGAAUCUCCCUCAUCGUCCUCCAACAGCUCCCGACCCCCUUAUCGCCCGCCUACUUCUCUCCCCAGUCGACAAAAACAACCACCCACCACCACCCUACCGAUGCAUUCGGCCUUUGUCCCAUGUACAAUAACCCCCCAAUCCUUCGUGCCGCAAUCCACGACGACCGCUCCUGACAUGGACCUUUCCCCUGAAUUUACAGAUGGAAGCACGAAUAGCACCAGGACCAGCACCAACAACAGUAAUCCACUACCAGACGAGCCAGUGCCGCUAAACCCUACUACUACGACCACCACCCAGCCCCAAUCCCGUCACCCCCAGUUAUCUUCUGCCCAGAAUGGAUCCCAACAUCCCACCAACUUACUUGAACCGAAUACCUCAAUGCGCCCAUCAUUGGAAGAUAUGGUUCCAGGUUCGUACGCCAAUUAUACAUAUUCCGGUCGAGGGUUCCCUCAGAAUGGUAUUAUGACACCGCUCGAUUCGAACGGGUCGGAGGGGUCGAUUCAUAUUCCUCCUACGUGGGAUUUUGCCCCGGCUCAGGAUCCCAAUGCUGAGCAUAUUGACAUGGCGGCUGGGGGGGUGGAUUCAUUUAAUGAGGCGCAAUGGGCGCAGCUUUUAAGCUCUUCGAAUUGGGAUGCGUGGCGCAAUCAGGGGUAA